GAGCUCACGCAUGGCUCUAAUGCACAGUGCUGAGAAUGAUGGUGAUUAUGGAACUUCGGAACAUCCCCAAAGCGUACCUUGCAGACAGAGCCCUGACUUGAACCCAAUUGAGCAUCUCUGGAACCUGAAAAUGGCUGCCCACCAACUUUCACCAUCCAACCUGACAGAACUGGAGAGGAUCUGCAAGGAGGAAUGGCAGAUGAUACCCAAAUCCAGCUGGCAACGCAACGUCGCUCGGGGGAAGCAGCCCAUCAAAUCAGUGCUGUCUGGGCGCUCCAAGAGCCGCGUGGGCCUCCGAACGCAUCAUUUUCGAUCAGAGGGCUUCAAACACAGUCCACGUCACUCCAGGAGAAGCUCACAUGCUCGGGUGACGGAGGAAAAGUCAAAUUUAAUCGAGGUCCCUGGCAAUGAGCCGGAUUCCUCAUCGAUUCUCAGGAAGCGCAAAGUGAAGAAGAGAGUCCUGCCAGAGUUUUAUCAGUCUGUGCAAGUCACCCCGACACGCAAAACUAGCUCCUGUUCGAGGAACCCUUCCCUCCACUCCAUGUCUUCCUCCGCGGAUUUAUCCGAAGAGGAAGAUUACAGCGUCAAAUCUGGGGUGGCAUCGCCGGCACCUGGCGACACUCUGCCAUGGAACCUGCCCAGACACGAAAGGUCCAAGAGGAAGAUCCAGGGGGGCUCCGUGCUGGAUCCGGCAGAGAGAGCGGUGCUCAGGAUCGCAGAUGAGCGAGACAGAGUGCAAAAGAAGACUUUCACAAAAUGGAUAAAUCAGCAUCUGAUGAAGGUACGGAAGCAUAUAAAUGACCUGUAUGAAGAUCUGCGAGAUGGACAUAACUUGAUCUCGCUGCUUGAGGUCUUGUCUGGAGACAAACUGCCUCGGGAGAGAGGAAGGAUGCGCUUCCAUAGGCUCCAGAAUGUACAAAUAGCACUGGAUUAUUUAAAGAGACGGCAGGUCAAACUUGUAAAUAUCCGGAAUGAUGACAUCACAGAUGGCAAUCCCAAAUUAACCCUGGGAUUAAUCUGGACCAUAAUACUGCACUUUCAGAUCUCGGAGAUUCACGUCACAGGCGAGUCCCAGGAUAUGACGGCCAAAGAGAGGCUGCUGCUCUGGUCCAAGCAGAUUACGGAAGGCUAUGUCGGUGUUAGAUGUGACAAUUUCACAACCUCCUGGAGAGAUGGGAGGCUCUUCAAUGCCAUCAUUCAUAAAUACAGACCCGACUUAGUUGACAUGAGCCGAGUGUUCACGCAGACCAACCGAUCCAAUUUAGAGAACGCAUUCGGUGUGGCUGAGCAACUGGGAGUGGCCAGACUGCUAGACCCAGAAGAUGUAGAUGUCCAGUCUCCUGAUGAAAAGUCAGUCAUCACAUACGUCUCAACGCUGUAUGAUGCCUUCCCGAGAGUACCUGAUGGUGGAGAAGGAAUUAGCCCCAAUGAUAUUGACAUCAAAUGGGUGGAGUAUCAGAACAUGAUCAAAUACCUCAGUCAGUGGAUCAAACACAAUGUGACCGUAAUGUCCGAUAGAUCAUUCCCCAACAAUGUUACUGAACUUAAGGCACUUUACACACAAUACCUGCAAUUUAAAGAACAGGACAUCCCACUGAAGGAAAACGAGAAGACAAAAAUCAAAACUUUCUACAAAAUGCUUGAGGUGUGGAUCGAGUUUGGACGCAUACAUUUACCGCCUGGUCAUCACCCAAAUGAUGUGGAGAAGGAGUGGGGCAAAUUAAUUGUUGCCAUGCUGGAAAGAGAAAAGAGCCUGAGGCCCGAGGUAGAAAGGCUUGAGAUGCUGCAGCAAAUUGCAAACAGGGUCCAGCGAGACUGUGUUCAUGGCGAGGACAAGUUGGCGCUGGCAAGAAAUGCCCUGCAAUCUGAUAUUAAACGUCUUGAAUCUGGCAUCCAAUUCCUAAAUGAACCAGAGAUCGCCGGCUACCUUUUGGAGUGUGAGAACAUCCUGAGACAACAAGUAUUGGACAUACAAGUUCUUUUAGAUGGGAAAUUUCCAUUUACAGAUCAGCUAGUUCAAAGGGUAUCAAACCUGCGUGAUGAUCUUCUAUCCCUGAGAGCAAAGUCUUCCUCUGUGUACAGCAAAGGCCGCACCCUAACAACAGAGCAGACCAAAAUGAUGAUCUCAGGCAUCACACAAAGCCUAAAUUCUGGCUUCUCCCAGAACAUCAGCUUAACAGCAGCCCUUCCUCCUAUACUCACCCAGGGAGGGUUAGAUACCCUCACAUUCACCUCGAGCCUUACACCGUGCCUGACACCGUUCUUGACCCCUGGGCUGCAGUCCACUUCAGAGCAAACCUACAUGAGCAGCCCUGGUAGCAUGGAGCAAGGCGGCCUCAGACAUAUGACACACAUGCACAUUCCCAAGCCCUUAAUGAAAUCCUCACUGGCCGAUUCCAGCUUGACAGAAGAGGAGGUGAACAUGAAGUACAUUCAGGAUCUGUUGAACUGGGUGUCAGACAUGCAGUUGCAGUUGGAUCAUUCAGAGUGGGGAUCUGACAUGCCAAGCGUGGCGACGCACUUGGAUAACCAAAAAGCAGUGCACAGAGCCAUCGAAGAAUUUCAAAUGAGUCUAAAAGAGGCCCAACUGAGUGAGAUUCAGAUGAAUCUGCCAUUGAAACUAACCUAUUCAGAAAAAUUGAGCAGUCUAGAGAAGCAGUAUGAGAAAUUAUUGAAGUGUUCAAAGGAGCGACAGAGUCACCUGGAGAGCCUACAUGACUUUGUGUCGCAGGCAACACGUGAGCUCAUCUGGCUCAACGAGAAGGAGGAAGAGGAGGUCGCCUUUGACUGGAGCGAUCGCAACAGCAACGUAUCCAAGAAAAGAGACUACCAUGCUGAGCUGAUGAAGGAGCUGGAUGAAAAGGAGGAAGUGAUCAAGUCUGUGCAGGACUUAGCAGAGCGUCUUCUUUUUAACAGCCACCCAGCCAGGCCAACUAUUGAAGCAUACAGAGCUGCCAUGCAAACACAGUGGAGUUGGAUCCUUCAGCUGUGCUCGUGUGUGGAACAGCAUCUCAAGGAGAACGCUGUUUAUUUUGAGUUUUUCAGUGAUGCCAAAGAAUCAAUGGACUUCCUUAGGAGCUUGCAAGAUGCCAUUCAGAGAAAGUACAACUGCGACCGAACGAGCAGCUUGCACAGACUGGAGGAUCUCAUUCAGGAAUCUAUGGAAGAAAAAGAGCAGCUUCUUCAAUACCGCAACACUGUAGCCGGGCUGAUGGGUCGGGCCAAGAAUAUUGUGCAGCUCAAGCCCAGGAACCCUGACAGCUCUUUUCGAUCGUCUAUCCCUGUCAAAGCCAUCUGUGAUUAUCGACAGAUAGAGAUAACCAUUUAUAAAGAUGAUGAGUGUGUGCUGGCUAAUAACACUCAUCGGGCCAAGUGGAAAGUCAUCAACCCUGCAGGCAAUGAGGCCAUGGUGCCGUCUGUCUGUUUCACUGUGCCCCCACCCAAUAAAGAAGCUUUGGAUAUGGCUUCAAAAACGGAACAGUUAUAUCAGAAUGUCCUUGCACUUUGGCAUCACUCCCACAUCAACAUGAAAAGUGUGGUGUCUUGGCAUUGUCUCAUGUCUGAUAUAGGCGCCAUCCGCCACUGGAAUGUAGCCUCUUUUAAAACAAUGCUACCAGGUGAGCAUCAGCAAGUUUUGAGCAACCUUCAGUCUCAUUUUGAUGAGUUCCUGGAAGACUGUGAGGAGUCUGAGGUGUUCACCGUGGCAGACUGUGCUCAGCUAGAGAGGGACGUUGGGGGCUGCAAGGAAUACUACCAAGAACUCCUCAAAUCUGCAGAAAGAGAGGAACACGAGGAGUCUUUGUACAAUCAAUACAUCUCAGAAAUACGCAAAUUCCGAAUGCAUCUGGAGGCCCAUGAAGAGCACCUGAUCAGGCAAAUCCGGACACCUCUGGACAGAGACGACGUAUACCAGAGUCUGCAGCGCAUCACUGAGCAAGAGAAGAAGAUGGCUGAGCUGAAUAAAUUUAAGGGAGACCUGGACACCCUGAGGGAGAAGUGUGAGCUGUUCCUCAGACAAGCUGCCAGCUUUCCAUUGGCGCCAACUCUCUCCUCUGAACUCAGCAUUGUUGUUCAGAACAUGAGCCAAGUGCACUCUAUGUCUUCUAUUUACAUGGACAAACUGAAGACAGUGAGUUUGGUAGUGAAGUACACCCAGAGUGCAGAGGAGUUAGUGAAGGCCUACGAAUCAAAACUCUAUGAGGAAGAUGCUAUGAACUCUGACCUCCAGUCUAUUGAAACAGUCAUUUCUAUACUCAAGCAAUGGCGGACAGAGAUUGAUGAAAAGCAGGAAGUGUUCCAUGACAUGCAGGACGAACUGCAGAAAGCGCGACUCAUCAGUGAUCGCAUGUUUAAGGCCCACAACGAGCGUGACUUUGACCUGGACUGGCACAAGGAGAAGGCCGAUCAAGUGAAUGAGAGAUGGCGUAACCUUCACUCCCAAAUUGACAGCAGGCUGAGGGACCUGUAUGGUAACACCAAAUCUCUGAAACUUUACAAAGACUCCUACGGUAGUCUUGACGAAUGGGUUCGGGAAGUUGAGAUAGAACAGAUGAAGGCCCAAGAAGAUAAACCAGAAGAUAGCAAGGCUCUUGCUGAACUGUUGAACAAACAGAAGGUUCUUGUUGCUGAAAUCGAACAAAAGCAGAGCCAGAUUGAUGAAUGUCAGAAAUACUCAGAACAGUGCUCAUCCGCCAUAAAGGAUUAUGAGCUCCAGCUGAUGACCUUCAGAGCAAUGGUUGAUUCCCAACACAAAUCUCCCCUUAAGAAACGCAAAAUGCAGAGCUCUUCUGAUGCCAUCCAGCAGGAGUUUAUGGAUCUUCGUACCCGCUACACAGCCCUCGUGACCCUCAUGACGCAGUAUGUGAAGUUUGCAAGUGAAACCCUGAAGAGAACAGAAGACGAGGAGAGAUCUGUGGAUGAAGAGAAGCGAGAGCAUGGUGAUAAAGUUAGAAAACUGUUAGAUUGGAUGUCUAAUGUGAAACAGAAUGUGAGCAAUGAGGGAAAUGCUUUGAAAGAUAGUAAUGCCAACACAGAUGCUUCAAAUAACCCUCAGAUCUCAGUGGAGGAAAUGGUUACAAAGAAAGAGCAGAUUGCAGAAGCGCUUAGGGCAACAGAAAUGAUGCUGAACAAACACUGUGAAAAGAUGACAGAAGAGGAGAGUGAAAAAGCCCAGGAACAGUUGAAGGACCUCAGCCAGGCUUACAGUGAACUAUCCCAGCAUUGUUCUGAUCAUCGCACACCUGCAAAUGAGGAUGUGAAAUCCACCCGCAGCAUUGACUGUAUUUGGACCCAGGCAAUAGACUGCCUCAGUCAUGACAUAAUAGGCCUCCUUCCGACCUCUGACCUGGCUCAGUCUCAACCCCAUCUCUACUGGAAUGAUGUUGUCAAACAAGAUGCUUCUGACAAAUCUACAACUGGGAAUCAUUUGCAGGAAUUAAAUAUGGAGAACAAGUGCAUAGAGGAUUCACAUGUGACCUCGGUGUCCAUCUGUGACGUCGCAACAGCAAUGAAGAAAGCAUCCAUGUUGGAAGACCUUGUCUUGAAGAUGAUAGAGGUCAAGCAAGUCAUUAAUGGACUGAAUGUGGCUUACUCAGGUAAUAGAGUGAGCCUUGAGAUGGCGUUUCAGGAAGGGCUAAUUCCCGCUUCAGUCUACCUUAACGUUCUUCAGAGGCAAAACACCAGCCAGAAAAUGAUGGCUGACCAUUCUACUGCAAAUGAGUCACAUUUAGAAGCAAUGGAAGCUAAUAGACUGAUAUUAAAGUGCAUAAUUGAAAAUAAAUUGCUGACACCAGAGAGGGCUGUUCACACCUUGACGUCUGUCUGUGAUCUGGACAGAAUAUCAACGCUGUAUCCCACUGAGGGGAAUGUUGCUGACCCAACAGAAGAGCAUAAUUCAAGUGCAACACAAGUACUUACUUCUUCAACUGUGAACUUACACAAUGGUGAUGGACUAAAGGUUGAUGCUGAGGUUCAAUGUGAUUUAAUGAGCUUUCGUAGUACACUCAUCAUGCUUGGGAGCAGCCAUCAGUUCAUAGGCCUUGUGUUACCUCGUUCGAAUGAAUCACAAUUUAGUGCCGCAUCAUCAGAGUACAAUGAGAAUGGCAUCACUGAUGUGUUUGACAGCAGGCUGCUCAGCAAUCGAGGGAAAAUAGCAGCUUUCUACAUUACAGAAAAUUCUGAGGUCGUGGAUAUCAGUUCUGCCGUACAAAACGGUUACAUUAACGUUUACACGGCAGAGAUUUUAAAAUCCAUCGAAAUCCCUGAUGAGUGUCUCGAUGUUGAUCGCCUUAAUGAAAGGUUUUCUUCUUGGCUCAUGUGUAGAAAACUCAGAGUAGAUGGGUGUAGCCAUGCUGGAGAUGUUUUUACUCUUUCAGAAACAAAGCAGCUCUUUAUAUCUUACCUAAUGAUCAACAGUUACAUCGAGUCAAAGUAUCAACACAGGGUUUUAAUACUUGACAAGCAGUUAACUAAAAUGAUACAUUUUUUUCUUGAAGAUUCAUUAUUUUUUGAUACCACCCAACACAACAUGGUGCCUUGGGUUGUCAAUGCUGGUGAUCUUUCAGAGAGGGUGGACUUAGAGGUGCCAUUCAUAAGUGAGAAAGCAGAAGAGAUGGUGAUAAACACAAAUUACAAAAUUAAUCCUCAUCAUUUUGUUCCCUCACUUGAUGGGGUACUUGAUAACACACAUGCAAAUGAUGAUCUAAAAUUUGAUUAUAUGGAUGAUAGCACAUAUGUUAUGCUGUCUCAAACAAACACAGACUGCAAAACAUUUGAGGAUAGUUUAUAUAUAGAGGAUAGAGAUGAUCCUAAUGAUGCUUACAAUAUUCCUACUACCCAAGCGAGUCCUCUGGCGCCCGCUUUUGUAAACCAACAUAAUUCUAACUCACCAGCAAGGUGUUCAGACGAAAGCAACCAUCAACUUCCAGCACAAAUAAUUGCUGAGUCAUUGUGUAAUGCAUCAAGAAUGAUCAAUAAGACUUCAGAUGAGAAUGUGUUUAAGGGAGCAAGACAUCACAAUGACGCUAUUCAGUUGGGAGCACAGUUUGAAGAAAAAGGCAUUUUGGAUGAACCACCUGUCUGUGACCUGCAGGGGACAAUUGAGGAGACAGUUUUGAAGAUGUUUGUUAACAAAAUUGAAGAUGAGGAAGCUAGUCCAUCCAUAUCCUCCCAUAAGGUCUUUGAUUUAGACAUUUACUUUGAGGGAAGGUUCAGCCAGCCCGACCCUGUUGAUGGAAAACUUGGUUGUAUUAAUGUGAAUGAAGGCCAAGAAACACAAGAUUCAUCCAAGAAGAAGACUGCUUUGCUGAUAGACAAUGAAAAUAGAGUUUUAGUAGUAGAUAAUGAGGCAGGAGGAAAUGUAGCAGAGAUAAGUGAUAAACAUCACCAUUCCACUUCAAUACCUUGUGGUCAUGAGCCUCUGAUGAUGUCAUCCUCCUUUAGGGAGGAGUUUGCUCCAGAGUGUCACCUUCGCUUGGAAAAAUCUGCUUCACUGGCUGAUGUCACCAACUCACUUAAUGCAGUCAAUAUCCUGCUGGCUGAUAAGCAGGAUGAAUACAGUGAAACUGCUGCUCCAUCUGGCCAAUCAAGUCUGCUCAUUCCUUACAGCAGUAUUGCACUAGAAACUCACAUUCAGUCUUCCACUGGUGCCAAUCAAUGUCACAAAGUAAACUCAAUGUUCAGUGAUGAUGAUUUCUACGAAGCUGGAAUUGUGACACAAUGUGAAUUGGACAAAUCAUCACUUCGGGUUGCCCCUUUUGUUGAGGCUGUACUGGAUGAAGUAGGUUCCUCAUCACCUGGAGAUGCAGUCAAGGGUUCAGAUGCACGAGGUAACUCUGUCAAAAAUGAAGAUGGCAACAGACUCCAGCAAGUUUUUCUUUCUUCAAAGACUGGUUAUGCUCUCGAACCUGAACCCAGCAACACUCCACAUAAUCUGCUUUGUGAAAGAAUUUUGCAACAGUUGAACUCAUCAUCUCUUACGUCUCUUGUGUCUGAUAAAUUUACCCCAACAAAUCAUUACAAUAAUGAAAGUUGUGGUAUAGAUGUUCUUGAAUAUUGCUCUCCAGCAUCUGUAAAGGUUCAUCUGGAACAAACACUGACUGAUUUGAGGUACAGUCCAGUACAACCAGAACAAAGACAACUAAAAGAAACAAAUGAUUCAGAGAACUAUCAUGCAUCAAGAAAGGCGCUGGUAAGAGAAACAUAUGAACAGAAUGUAAAUACGGUUGGAUCGUUUUCAAGCCUAACAACUUUACCAGACUCCACCCACAAUUCUGAUGUCAGAGUGGAACAGAAAGGCAAUACACUUCCAGAUCAAAAUGGGAUGGAUUUAGAUGAAAAUAUUCAAGCAUUUACUGAUUUCCUGUCACUCAGCACUACUCUAUUACAGAGUUCAAACUCUUUAAAGCCACAUGUCAAACACCAUGAGGAAGUGAUGAAUAAACCCUUUUAUGGGAGUGACAGUGAAAGUGCUGCCGAUACAACAAGUCAGACUUCAAUAUCAGUGGACAACUGUGUAUCUUUUGAGUGUGAUGCUGCUUGUGUGCAUGUGGAGUCUGGGCUAAUCAGUUUAGUGGGGAAAGAUGCACCCAGUAUGAAAAGAAAUGUAACAGGUGAUAGAGAAGUCCAUCAAAAACAGCAUGGUACUCUUACCCCAAAAGAUGAAGAGGAGUUUGAUGCCCUACCCAGAAAAGAGAUAGAGGAGCCAUUUCCCAUAAUUGGAAGUGAUGAAGAUAAGUCUGAUGAUUCCCCAACUAAAAAAGAGGUAGAGGAGUCCAUUGCCACCACUGGAAGAAAUAAAGAUAAGUGUGAUGUCUCAAUCAGAAAAGAUGAAAUGAGGACUGAUACUUCAGCUACAAACAGUGAGGAGAAAUUUGAUGCUCCAAUAAAAAAAGAUGAAAAGUUAUCUGAUGCCCUAACUGGAAAUAUUCAAGAGGAGUUUUAUAUCCAAUGUAGAGACGAAGAUAAUUUUUAUGCUCCAAUGAGAUACGUUGAGGUGGACUCUGACAAUCUAACUAGAAGAGAUGAGGGAGUGAGAGAGUGGUAUGAUGUACCACCUAUAAAAGAUGAAGAGAACACUUUUUCUCCGUAUGGCCCAGAAGACGAAUACUCCUGUGCUCCAACUGGAGAUGAUGAAGAGGGAACUAAUGUUGCAAGUGGAAAAGUUGAGGAGUCCAGUGCUCCACCUGUAGGAGAUGAAAAGUGGUCUGAUGCCCUAACUGGAAAUGUUCAAGGGUCUUAUAGCUCAAGCAGAGAUGAAGAGAAUGUUUAUGCUCCAUUUGGAAAUGUUGAAAUGGAGUCUGACAACCCAACAACAAGAGAUGAAGAGUGGUAUGAUGUCCCACUUCUAAAAGAUGAAGAGAACUCAUUUUCUCCAAAUGAACAAGAUCAAGAGUACUCUAGUGCUCCAACUGGAGAUGAUAAUGAGUGGUCUUGUGCCCCACCUAUAAAACAGGACACUGAUGCUCCAACAGUAGAAGGUGAAGAGGACACUGAUGGUCCAACAGUAGAAGGUGAAGAGGACACUGAUGCUCCAACAGUAGAAGGUAAAGAGGACACUGAUGCUCUAAUAGUAGAAGAUGAAGAGGACACUGAUGCUCAAACUAAAAAAUAUGAACAGGGGUCUCAUAACCCAGCUGGAAAGGUUGAAGAGCAGUCUGAUAUACCAAGUAAAAGAGAUGAAAAAGAUUAUGAUGCUCCACCGGUAAAAGAUAAAGAGAGAUCUGAUGGCUUAGCUAGAAAAGUGAAGCUAGAGCUCAUCAAUUUAGUUUGCAAAGAUGCACAAAGUGUGGAUAAACCUGAAACAGGACACCAAGAGGGAAAAGCUCAUGAAAUGCAGCCUUCUUCUCUAACAGGGAAAGAUGCCGUGAGUGAUGAGCAUGAUGCACAAACUGGAAGAGAAGUAGAGUCAAAUGGAACAAGUGGAAGUGGAAAAGAUGAAGACAAGUUCAGUAUCCCAAAUAUAAGAGCUGAAGAAGACUUCAAUAACCUGCAAAGAAAAGACAAACAAGGGUCUGACGCCUCACAAAUGAAAGAUGAAGAUGGGUCAAAAGAUCCAACAAGAAGAGCUGAAAACAACUCUCAUGAUCCACGUAGAAAAGACAAAGAGGACUCUCACACACAAACUGGUAAAGAAGAGGAUUCAAAUGCCCCAACUGGAAACAUUAAAGAGAGGUCAGAUACCCCAAGUAAAAGAGUUGGAAACGACUCUGAUGCCUUUUCAGCAAAAAAUGAAAAGCAGUCUGAUGCCUCACCAAUGAAAAAUGAUGAGGAGUCUGAUACCUCAACUGGAAACAUUGAAGAAGAGUCUAAAACACCAACUAGCAGAGGUGAAAAAGAUUCUGAUGCUGCACCUGUAAAAAAUAAAGAAAACGAUGAUGCGCCAACCACAAAAUAUGAAAAGGUGUCAGAUGCCUCACUCUUAAAAGAUGAAUGGGGGUUUAAUGACUUAACUUUAAAAGUUGAAGGGGAAGAGGUGUCUCAUCCCUCAACUAGAAGAGACAAAAAAGACUGUGCUGCACAAUCUGGUAAACAAAAAGACAACUUUGUUGCUCCAAAAGGAAUAGAUGAAGAGGGGUCUGAUGCGCAACCUAUAUCAACACCAAAAGGCCCACCUGUAAAAGAUGAAGACUGGUCUCAAAGUACAACUAGAAAUGAUGAAGAGGGGUCUCAUACUGUGACUGAAAACAUUUACAUGGAGUCCCAUACACCAACUAAAAGAGAAAAAUACUUUAAUGUACCGCCUUCAAAAGAUAAAGAGGAUUCUGUAGCUCAAGCCAGAACACAUGACGAGGAUUCUGAUGAAAAAGGGUUUCAUAGCCCACAUGGAAAAGAUCAAGAGACCUAUUUUGCUCUACCCAGAAAAGAGGAGUACAAUUUCCUACCUGUAAAAUAUGGAACGGGUUCGAAUGCCUCUCUUCUAAAAGAUGAAGCAGAGUAUCACGACACAACUAGAAAUGUUCAAGAGUGUGAUACCCAAACUAACAAAGACAAAGAGUGGCCUCAUCCACUAUUUGUAAAAUAUAACGAAGACUCUGAUGCUCAACCUAGAAAAGAUAAAGAGUCUGAUGAUGCCCCAACUGGAUUAGAUAAAAAUGGUUCUGAAGUGUCACUUUUAAAAGAAUCUGAAAUGCCAGCUGCAAGCAUUGAAAAAGAGUCCAGCACCUCGACUAGAAGAAAAGAACAAGACUCUGACAAAAAUGACGAAGGCUCUGAUACCCCACCUGGAAAAGUUCAAGAGAAUUAUUUUACUCCAACCAGAGAAGACAACGAGGAGGUUGUGUUUAUAGGGAGGACACCCGUAAAAUAUGAAAAGGGGUCUGAUGGCUCACUUCUAAAAGAUGAAUUGGAGUAUCCUGACACAACUCAAAGAGUUCAAGAGUGUGAUACCCCAACUGUAGGCAAUAAAUACUGCUCUCAUAACCAGUCUAGAAAAGACUGCGAUGCUCAAACUACAAAAGAUGAAAAGGAGGCUGGUGCCCUAACUGGAAUAGAUGAAAAGAGGUCAGAUGUCUCACUUUUAAAAGAUGAAGAGUUGUCUGAUAUGCUCACUGAAAGCAUUAAAGAGGAGUCCAGUACCCCAGUUAGAAUGAAUGAACAAGACUCUGAAAAAGAUGAUGGCUCUGAUACGCCACUUGGCAAUGAUAAAGGGAGUUGUUCUAUUCUGACUGGAGAAGAUGAAGAGGGGUUUGAUGCCCUAAGUGGAAUAGAUGAAAAGAGGACACAUUUCUCACUUUUAAAAGAUGAAGAGUUGUCUCAAAUGCUAGCUGGAAGCAUUAAAGAGGAGUCCACUACCGUGACUAGAAUUAAUGAACAAGACUCUAAAAAAGAUGAUGGCUCUGAUACUCCACCUGAAAAUCAUCAGGGGAAUUAUUCUACUCCAACCAGAGAAAAUGAGGAGUUUCACCUUCUUCCAGUAAAAUAUGAAAAGAGGUCUAAUCCCUCACUUCAAAAAGAUGAAGUGGUGUCUCGUGACACAACUGAAAAAGUUCAAGACUCUAAUAUCUCAACUGUAAGAAAUGAAGACUGGUCUCAUACCACAACUAGAAAAGGCUUUGAUUUUCAAACUAGAAAAGACGAAGAGGAGUCUUAUGCCCCAAGUGGAAUAGAUGAAAAGGGGUCAGACAGUCUCACUUUUAAAAGAUGAAAAGGGUCUGAUAUGCCACCCAGAAGCAUUGAAGGAGAGUCCAGUACCCCAGCUAGGAGAAAUGAACGACACUCUGAAAGAGAUAAAACCUUUCAUAACCCGACUGGAAACAUUGAAGAAGAGUUCCAUAUUUUAACAAGAAGAGAUGAAGAAGACUCUCAUACACAUCAUACAAAAGAUGGCAAGGGUUCCAAACAGUGGUCUAAUACCUCGAAUACCCUGUCUAGAAGAGAUGAUAAAACCUCUGAUGCACCACUUGGAAAAGGUGAUGACUCUUAUGCACCACCUGAAAAAUAUCAACGGGGGUUUGAUGCCUCUCUAAUACAUGAUGAAGUGGAGUUGAUUACACCAACUAGAGGAGAUGCAGAAGACUCUGAUGUCUUACCUUUAAAAGAUGAAGCAUCAUCUGAUGCCCCUCUUUUAAAAGAUGAGAACUUUCCAACUGGAAAAGAUGGAGAGGAGUCUGACUGUGAAGACAACACACAGCCUGCAAAAGAUGAACAGAACUCAGAUUCUCCAAUCGUAAACGAUGAAGCGCAGUCUGAUGCACCAACUAUCCAGGUGCGGUUUCUACAAAUACUUAAAAGUGUUUCUUCAGGCCAAAACCUCUCAAUGCUACAGGAAGUGAUGGCAAGCCUUCAAAGUUCUCUAGGGAGUGACACGCACACCCUGGAAUGCAUCAAGGAGGAGACCUCAGAGGAUGAAUUUCUGACGGAACUGUCUCCUAAACUCUCUGCCGACAAUGUGGAGAAGACCAAGAAUCCGCUCUUCUCUACCCAGGAUUACCUAGAGUGUGUUGGUAGACUUCAAGAUCAUGCUGAUGUUUUAGAUGAUGUCAGAAAGGACCUUUUAAUUGUGGAACCAACUGGCACCAAUAUGGAGGACUUAGCGAUGCAAAUAGAUGAAAUCCAGUCAUGGGAGUCCCAAAUCUCCUUACUGGCUGAUGUGCUGACUGAAGAUAUGGAAAAAGCCAAACUGCUCUUAAAUGCUUCUGAUAAUAACAUUCCCACACAAAUCCGUAAAGAUCUGUCUUCAACAUAUGUGGAAUUAGAGCACAAUUUUAGUACAAUUUGCCAAGUGUAUGCAGAAAGGACUCAGUCAUUAUUUCGGGCAAUGGAAACUAGGAAGGCAUAUUUGGAAUCAACAUACCAAAAACAUCUUGCUGAUCUUGAUGUGUUAGCGGGCCUCAUUCAAAAUGAGUUAAAUAUGGCAGAUGCGGAUUUCAACACAUGUGAUGUGGAAGCACUGAAAAGCUGCAUACUAAAAACCAAGGACACAGAGAGUCAUCUGAAUCAGGAGGCCAAGCUAAAACUAGAGGAUGUCACAUUUGCUGUCCAGAGUUUUAUAUCUGAGCAUGCUCACUUGUUGAGUCCCGCUCAGAGCAGUUGCCUCCUCAAGCGCCUCAGCAGCACUCAGAGAAUCUUCAGGGACCAGACGGACAAACUUGUCACCCUGAGGUGCACCUUAGAUGUCCUACUGGACACCAAGGAGAGGGAAGACCAGGAGAAGUCCAUAUUGGAAAGGCACCAAGAGAUUGCGGACAAGUUAAAAGAAGUGUGCGAUUGUCUCACUUUGACUGAGAACCGUCUGAUUGGUCACCAACAACAGGCCGACAAUGCAGAGUGCAUCACAGACCUGCAGCAGUACCAGCAGGAGCAUCAGGCCUUGCAAAAACACGUCUUGACAAACGCCAGCGCUUUGAAUGAGGUAAUCACCGGAACUAAAAGGUUUCUGGAGGAAAAUCAGGGCAAGCUGACGGUGAACCAAAUUGCUGAUAUUGAGACCAAGUUGGAAGAAGCGAAAAGCAAGGCCAAGCUUAUCCAAAAGCAAGCUGAGGAGUCUAGAAAGGAUUUAGAGAAGGUUGUUACCACUGCUAUAAAACAGGAGAGUGAGAAGGCUGCAGCUGUCGAGCGUCUUGAGGAAAGCAAGAACAAAAUAGAAGGUCUUCUUGAGUGGAUCUCCAACAUUGGGGAUAAAAAUGAAAGAAGUAUUGAUGAAACAGACCUCAUAAGAAAAGAGAAUGGAAACCUACCAGAGGAAACAUUAGACAAGUUACGGAAAGGAGAGAAGGACGACGCUAAUGGAAACACUUUGCGGCGAAGUGAAAGUGAUUUUGAUGGGCAGAGCGACGCCUGCAUCGACAAGCAGUAUGAAAGAGUCAAGGCUCACUAUCAGGAGAUUCUUUCCCAGCAACAGGAUUUGAUCAUGGCCACCCAGUCGGCCCAGGCUCUUCUGGACAAGCAAGCCAAUGUUCUGUCUCCCGAGGAAAAAGACAAACUGCAGAAGAACAUCCUGGAACUGAAAGGACGCUACGAUGCCUCCAUCACCCAAGCGGAGCAGCAGAUGAAGCGGGUCCAGUGUGUCCAGGAGGAGCUGAAGAAGUUUCAGAAUGAUUGUGAAGAGUUUGAGGAUUGGUUAGCGCAGACCGAGAGCGAGAUGGAGCAGUUAAGUGCUUCAGCAGGUUCCCUAAAAAUCCUCAAUGAUAAACUCAUCAGACAGAAGAGCUUCUCAGAGGAUGUCAUCUCUCACAAGGGCGACCUUCGUUUCAUCACCAUUUCGGGCCAGAAGGUUCUGGAUGUGGCCAAAUCAUGUGGAGUUGCUGACCCAAUGUCUAAAAAUGGCCUGCUGCAAGUGGAUACUUCAGCAACCUGUUCAGCUGUCAAGGAUAAACUGGACUCUGGAGCCAGUCGAUAUAAGACACUUCACUCACAGUGCAACCAGCUUGGCAACAAUCUCAAAGAUGUUGUUGACAAGUACAAGAAGUAUGAUGACUCCAGCACGGGCCUUCUAAAGUGGCUUAGGAGCUCUGAGGAGGAGGCGAGGAAACAGCAGUCUGAGGCCAUUGCUGCUGAGCCGCAAAUGCUGCAGAUACAGCUGGAGAACACCAAGGCUUUACAAGGUCAGAUGAGUGGACAUCAGACUGCUAUUGACAUGCUACGCAAAACAGCUGAUUCCUUAAUCACAUCUGAUGGAAACCUGCUCAGCAACCCAGAUGAGAUCCAGGAGACAGUAGAUGACAUUGUGGAGCGCUAUGACAACUUGUCCAAGUCUGUGAGUGAUCGCAAUGAGAAGCUGCAGGUCACGUUGAUGCGCUCUAUGAGUGUUCAGGACGGACUGGAUGAGAUGAUGGGAUGGAUGGAGGGAGUGGAGACCAGUGUGAAAGAGAAUGGACAAAUUCCACUGGACUCUGCAUCUAUCACAGACAUGCUCAGCAAAGAAACAGCCAUAGAGCAGGACAUAGCAAGUCGUCAGAGCAGCAUCUCAGCCAUGAAAUCUAAAGUGAAGAAGUUUGUGGAAACAGCCGAGCCCUCCUCUGCGGCCCUCCUGCAAUCCAAGAUGAGUGCCCUCUCCCAACGCUUCUCGGACACCUGUGAUAAGCACAAGCAGAAAGUUUCACGCCUGGAACAACUUAAAGACAAAGUGGAGCAGUUUGAGAAGGUUGCAGAAAAUGUCCAGCAGUUCAUAGUGAAGCGUUCGCAAGAUUUGCAUGAGCCUGACGGGCCAGGGAAAACAUUUGAGGAACUCUCUGAGCUAACACAGAAAAUGAAAGCUGAGAUGGCUGAACAUGCCAAUAAUUUGGAGAAGUUGCAGGCUCUGUCCAAAGAGCUGUGUGACAUGAGCAAAGAUGGUAACAGAGCACAGAUCCAGAGCAAGAUGGACAAUCUCUCAAACAUCUUCAGCACCUUCAAAGACACUGUCAAAGAAAAGGAGGAGGAGGUAUCAUCCUGUCAGGACCUGCUGGGAGAGUUCAGAUCUGCAGCUAGUACUCUGAGUAAGUGGCUGGAGGAGACCAGUGAGAAGGUGCCUGUGGAGCAGAGAAAUUGCAGUGCUAGAAGUUUGGAGAAGGACCUCCAAAUAGUCACUGCAUUACUGGAAGAAUGGACGUCUAAAGACGCAGCUGUGCAGGACUUGAACAGCAGAGGUUCUUCCUUAUGCAGUCGCAUUGCUAUUGUCACAUCCCCUGCCAAAGCUAAGAUCCCUAACAAAACAGCUCUUACUAAUGGUGGUGGUCCAGCGAGCCAUUCCUACCUAACCAAUAAAGAGCUGAUGACAAUUCAGCAAAAUAUGUCCUUCGUCAACGAGGGCUACUCCUGUCUGGGUGACACGCUGAAGAGUCGAGCCGCCGAGCUGAAUGGAUCCGUGCGGGAGCUCAAGGAUGCCAAAAAGGAGACCGAAAACAUGAUGACAUGGCUGGGGGACAUGAAAACGACGGCCGCUUCUUGGAAGAAUGGUGCCACGGAGAAAGAUGCAGUGAAAACACAACUUGAACAACAGAAGGUGUUUGAAGAGGACAUGAAGCAGAAGAAAGACCAGCUCCACAAGCUGAGGGAGAAACUCAUCAACUUGAUUGAAACUCAUCCAAACUCCCACGAAGCAGACACAUGGAAGCAGAUGUUGGCAGAGAUAGAUGCUGCUUGGGCAGAUAUCAGUGGCUCAGUGUUGGAGAGGAAGCAGCACCUGGAGCAGUCCAACAAGAAUCUGGACAUCGUCCAAAGCACUCAACUGCAGCUUAGCCAGUGGCUGUCAGAGAAGGAGCUGAUGAUGAGUGUACUUGGACCGCUCUCAAUUGACCCCAACAUGCUGAAAAUGCAGAAGCAACAAGUCCAGAUUCUCCAGAAUGAGUUCAAGAGCCGCAAGCCUCAGUUUGAGCAACUCAAGGAGGCUGCUUCUGCCAUCUUAAACUCAUCAGAUAACCAGGACCCCUCAAACGGGAAGCUGGUGAAGGAGCAGCUCACUACUGUCACCGAAAAGUGGCAAGGGCUUAUAGGGCAGCUGGAUCAGCGAGACGGCCUCAUUGAGGAGGCCGUGGUGAAGACGGGACAGUUCCAAGAGCUGCUGAGGACUCUCGGCCAGACCGCUGCGCAGCUGGAGGAUCAGCUUGGCAGGCAUCAGGCCAGCAGCACCCAACCUGAUGCGGUGAAGAAACGGCUGGAGGACGUCCACAAUAUCUCAGUUCAGCUGAGAGAGGAGAGGGAGAAGCUGAAGCAGGCUGAAGCCGUUCAUGCAGAGCUCACAGCAAUGGUGACUGAGGACUAUCUCAGAGCUGACUUAGACCGACAGCUGGAGAGUGUCAGCAAACCAUUCAGACAGCUGGAAGAGAGAGCAGCCAAGCAAAUUGAGCAGCUAAACUCGACCUUCGCCAGCUCCCAGCAGUUUCAUCAGACAUCCAAAGACUUCCAGUCAUGGCUGGCUGAGAAGCUACAGGACCAGUCAAAGCCUCAGCCCAUUUCUGCCAAAGUGGACAUCCUGCAAAAAACUCUGGAUGAGCACAGUAAUCUACAGGUGGCACUCAGCGAACAAGAGGCCACUUACAGUACAAUAGCAGGGGAAGGCGAGAUGCUUCUGCAGAGCACUGAUGGUGCAGAAAAGUUGGCACUGCAAGGUCAACUGUCUCUCCUCUCAUCUAACUGGCAGAAGGUGAAGAAGAGCUCCGAGCUGCAGGCUGACAAACUUAAGGCUGCCUUACAGAGAGCUCAAAAGUUUGACGCGCACGUUGAGAAGCUUAACUCUUGGGUGACGGAGUGUGAAGCCCAUGAGGGUCGAGUCAAACUCGCUGUUGAUCCAGCUGCCUUGGAGAAUGCUGUAGCUCAAGUGAAAGUUCUUCAAAAAGAUGUGGAUAAACACAGAGGGAUGGUAGAACAGAUGAACACUGCCGCAGGGAGUCUUCUUGAGGUGGCUGACACCGACUCGGAAGGAGUUAAAAAAGAGGCAAAGAGCAUUUCUAAAAGAGUGGACUGCGUAUUGGAAGGUCUUCAGAACAAAAGAGAAUCCUUGGAAAAGAUCUCACAUGCAAUUAAAGAAUUUAAUGACGGCACCAAAGAGGCCAAGGCUCAACUUGAGGGCACUAAGAAGCUCCUGGAUGGUUAUGAAUCACAGGGUGUGCAGGCCUACAGCAAUAAGAACUUGACCAGCAUGAAAGCCCAACAAAAAAGCCUAGAAGGAGUGCAAAACCAAGUAGAACACCUUACGAGCUUGGCAAAGGCCCUUGUAGUUGAUCUCCCAGAUGCUGAUGGAGUGACAGACUUAUUACUGCAAGCUGACAACAUCAAAAAGGAAUACAGCUCCCUUAACAUGAAGCUAGAGGAGACGUGCCAGGUCCUGGAAGGUAAAUUGCAGGGCAUUGGGCAGUUCCAAAACAGCAUCCGCGAGAUGUUCACCCGCUUCACAGACCUGGAUGAUGAGUUGGACAGCAUGGCUCCGGUGGAUGUGGACUUGGUUGUUCUUAAGGAGCAGCAAGAGAACAUCGAAAGCUUUGUAGCACAGCUGCAAGAGCUGAUGGUCAACACAGCCAAUGCAGGGGAUGGCUGUAAGAGGAUGCUCGAGACGGACUCUUCUCCUGACCUGUUGGGCUUGAAGAGAGACCUGGAUGCGCUGAGCAAGCAGUGUGGCAAGCUGAUGGACCGAGCCAAAGGCAGAGAGAGGCAAGUGCAGAGUACUCUCAACAAGCUGGAGGAGCUCUGUGGAAAACUCCACCGUGUGGAGGAUCAACUCUGCAGAGCUGUGGACAAGGAAGCGACUCAAGGAGCGGUCGGCAUGGAGACAGACAUCAUCAAUCAACAGCUGGAGGCCUUUAAGGCUUUCCAAAAGGAAGACAUUGAUCCAUUGCAGACACAACUCCAAGACAUCAACUCCUUCAGUCAGGGGCUUAUCCAGAACGCCGCCAGAGGGACCAACGCGAAGAUGAUCGAAGAUGACCUGGAGAAGGUUAAUACAAAGUGGAACACGCUUAAUAAAAAGAUUGCUGAGCGCUCCACCCAGCUGCAUGAAGCUCUGUUGCAUUGUGGAAGGUUCCAUGAUGCUCUGGACUCUCUGCUCAGCUGGUUGACCGACACAGAGGAACUCAUGGCUAAUCAGAAGCCACCUUCUACAGAGUUCAAAGUGGUCAAGGCACAGAUACAAGAGCAGAAACUCUUACAGAGACUGUUGGAUGACCGUAAGCCCACUGUGGAGCUGAUAAAAAAUGAGGGAGAGAAGGUUGCGGAACUGGCAGAGUCUGUGGAUAAGGAAAAGGUUGCAAAAGAGAUGCAGUCCCUUGGGCAAAGGUGGGACACUUUGCUCAAGAAAGCUGAGAACAGGCAUAAGCAACUCCAAAGCAUUUUGGUGGUCACCCAGCAGUUCCAUGAGACCCUGGAGCCCCUGAGCGACUGGCUCACAGUCACAGAGAAGCGCCUCUCCAACUCAGAACCAGUCGGCACAGAGACGUCAAAACUGGGAGACCAGAUCUCCCAUCAUAAGGUCAUAGAAGAAGACAUUAUGAAUCACAGUAAAGACGUGUUUCACGCCAUCAGUCUGGGUCAGAUGCUCAAAGCUGUGAGCUCAGUUGAUGACAAGCACUUUGUUCAGUCCAAACUGGACGCCACGCAGGCCGCUUACAUCGAGCUGCAGGAGCGCUGCAGGAGGAAAGCCGAGAUGCUGCAGCAAGCCCUAGCCAACGCCCAGCUCUUUGGAGAGGACGAGGUGGCGCUCAUGAACUGGCUCAGCGAGGCACAUGCACGGUUGAGUGAAGUGUCUAUGGAGGACUACAUAGUAGAGACCCUUGAAAACCAGAUGGCAGAACAACUGGCUCUACAAAGUGAUAUUGAAUUGAGGAAGAAGAAUGUUGACCAAGCCAUCUUCAAUGGGAUGGAACUGUUGAAGCAAACAACAGGUGAUGAGGUAGUUGUUAUCCAAAUCAAAUUGGAUGGAAUAAAAACAAAGUAUGCUGAGAUCGCCUCCAUGAGUGACAAUGUUUUGAACAAAUUGGAGCGUGUUUUGAGUCUCUCCACAAAACUGCACCAUACACAUGAUGAUCUGAGGUCCUGGCUGGUGAAGGCAGAGGCUCAGGUCAGUUCUUAUGUGGAUCAGGAGCCAAUCGGCAAGCAGCUCACUGAAGCCCAAAAGACUUUGCUAAAAGAGACUAAAGACCAAAAAGCUGUAGUGGACAAGUUGAAUGAGUUGAGUACCUUCCUCCUGGAUCUCAUCCCCUGGCACACCCGAGAAGGUCUUGACAAGCUUGUAACGGAGGACAAUGAGCGGUACAAAGCUGUCUGUGACAGUAUCACUCAGCAGGUCGACCAGAUCAACGCCGACAUUUUCAAGUCACAGCAGUUUGAAGAAGCAGCAGAUUCUGAACUAGCAUGGCUUACUGAUGCUGAGAAUAAGCUACUGUCCAUGGAGGAGAUCAAACUAGGGCAGGACCAAACUGCAGCCCAGCUACAAGCGCAUAAGGUCUUCUCUGUCGACAUUAUGAGGCACAAAGACUAUGUGGAUGCAAUAGUCAAAACAGGAAAAGUCAUCAUGAGCAGCAAAACGACAGGGGAAAAGGAACAUUUACAGGCCAAGACCCAGACUCUGGUGAAGAAGUAUGGUGUGGUGAGUCAAAUGAACUCAGAGCGCUGUCUGCAGCUGGAACGAGCCCAGUCUCUCGCAAGCCAGUUUUGGGAAACCUAUGAAGAAUUGUCACCAUGGCUUCAGGAAACCUUGAACACCUUCAACCAGCUGCCCCCGCCCGCCAUCGAGUAUGACAUGCUUAGGCAGCAACAGGAGGAACUCAGGCAAAUGCGAGAGCUGAUUGCCGAACACAAACCGCACAUCGACAAAAUGAAUAAGACUGGACCUCAGUUACUGGAACUGAGCCCAGAGGAAGGGUUGCCCAUCAGAGAGAAAUACACAACGUCUGAGCAGCUUUACACAAAACUCAAGGCUGAUGUCAAAAUGAGAGCUGCUGAGCUAGAUGAGGCCAUCUUCAAAUACACUCAGUUUCAUGAUAAAAUCGACCCCAUGCUGGAAUCCCUGGAGCGGAUAGCCGAGCGCCUGCGUCAGCCUCCCUCCAUUUCAGUGGAGGUGGACAAAAUCAAGGAGCAGAUAACAGAGAACAAAUGUGUCAGCAUGGAUCUGGAGAAACUGCUACCUUCCUAUGAGACCUUGAAGCAGCGAGGUGAAGAGAUGAUUGCACGGUCAGAAGACAGAGAAUUAUCUGCCAAAGCUGUACAAGAAAAACUGGACCAUAUGGUGUUCCUGUGGACCGAUAUCCAAGUCUUGUUGGAGGAACGGGAGGCUAAGCUGUUGGAUGUGAUGGACCUUGCUGAAAGGUUCUGGUGCGACCACUGCGCUCUGAUGGCCACCAUCAAAGACAGCCAGGACCUGCUGAGGGAGCUGGAGGAACCAGGAGUGGAUCCCUCAGUUGUCAAACAGCAGCAGGAGUUUGUGGAGGGUUUUAAGGAGGAGAUUGAUGGGCUUCAAGAGGAGCUGGAUUCGGUUCGAAGCCAGGGCUCUGAGCUCAUGACAGCCUGCGGAGAACCUGACAAACCUGUGAUAAGGAAAAGCAUUGAUGAGGUGAACUCUGCAUGGGAAAAUCUCGAUAAGACUUGGAAAGAGCGAGUUGAGAGGCUCGAGGAGGCAAUGCAGGGUGCAGUGCAAUUCCAAGAUGGCCUGCAGGGUAUGUUUGACUGGGUAGAUAUCCUGGAGAGCAAACUGGACUCCAUGUCACCUGUGGGUACAGACCUAGAAACUGUCAAGCAGCAGAUUGUUGAGCUCAAGGAGUUCAAAGUCGAAGCGUACCAGCUGCAGAUCGAGAUGGAGCGCCUGAACCAUCAGGCAGAUCUCCUCCUGAAGAAGGUGACAGAGGAGUCUGACCGUGGCACCAUCAAGGAGCCGAUGUACGAGCUCAAGAUGCUCUGGCAAAACCUGGAUGAGAAGAUCAUCAGCCGCCAGCACAAACUUGAGGGAGGCCUUCUGGCAUUGGGACAGUUCCAGCAUGCACUGGAUGAGCUGCUGGCCUGGAUGAGCCACACAGAGGAGCUGCUCAAUGAGCAGAGAAAGGCUGGAGGAGACCCCAAAGCCAUUGAGAUUGAACUGGCCAAGCAUCAUGUCCUCCAAAUUGACGUAUUAGCUCACAAGUCAACAGUCGAGACGGUGAACAAAGCAGGGCAUGAUCUAGUCCAAUCCAGUGCUGGAGAGGAAGCUUCUUGCUUGAGGAGAAAACUGGAGAACCUCGACCAGCGCUGGAAAGCCAUCCUGGAGAGGACGAAGCAAAGGAAGCAGCAGUUGGAAAGUGCUCUUCUUCAGGCCCAGGGUUUCCAUGGUGAGGUGGAAGAUAUGCUACAAUGGCUGAAAGACACAGAACGUCAGCUGUUGGCAUCAAAGGCUGUGGGAGGCUUACCAGACACAGCCCGCGAGCAGCUUAACGCCCAUCUGGAGUUGUGUUCUGCCUUGGAGGUGAAGGAGGAGCUGUAUCAAGAGCUGAUGGCUAAAGGUCAACAGCUGCUCGCUAUGAUGCCUGAGGGCAACACAGAGCAGGACCUCGCCAACCUGAAGGAGAAAUGGGAAGCCACGCAGGCCAAAGUUGCUGAAAGGAAGGUAAAACUGGAGGAGACCUUGACCCUGGCCACAGAUUUCCACAACUCUCUGCAGGACUUCAUCAACUGGCUGACCCAAGCAGAGCAGACGCUGAACAUGGUGUCGCCCGCUUCUCUGAUUCUGGAAACCAUCCUGUUUCAGAUUGAUGAGCAUAAGAUGUUUGCGACUGAGGUCAACUCUCACAGGGAUGACAUCAUCGAGCUUGACAAGACAGGCACUCAUCUGAAGUACUUCAGCCAGAAGCAGGAUGUGGUUCUGAUCAAGAACCUGCUCCUCAGUGUGCAAGGUCGCUGGGAGAAGCUGGUCCAGCGAUCUGUGGAACGUGGUCGUGUGUUGGAUGAUGCGAGGAAGAGAGCGAAACAGUUCCAUGAAAACUGGAGUAAACUGAUGGAGUGGUUGGAUGAAUCUGAGAAGACGCUGGACUCUGAGGUGGAAAUCGCCAAUGAGCCAGACAAAAUCAAGAAUCAGCUGUCUCAACAUAAGGAGUUCCAGAAGGCUUUGGGCAGUAAGCACUCAGUGUAUGAUACCACUACACGAAGUGGACGAGCACUCAAGGACAAGACCUCACUUCAAGAUGAUAAUCAGAAACUGAAUGACAUGCUGAGCGAGCUGAGGGACAAAUGGGACACUGUUUGUGGAAAAUCCAUAGAGAGGCAAAACAAGCUGGAGGAGGCUCUGUUGUUCUCUGGCCAGUUCAAAGACGCUUUGCAGGCUCUCAUUGACUGGCUGUACAGAGUGGAGCCUCAGAUGGCUGAAGACCAGCCAGUUCAUGGAGACAUCGACCUGAUUUUGAACCUGAUAGACAACCACAAGGUUUUCCAGAAGGAGUUGGGAAAGAGGACAGUUAGCGUCCAGGCUCUCAAACGCUCAGCCAAGGAGUUGAUUGACAGCAGUCACGAUGACUCCUCCUGGGUCAAAGUACAGAUGCAGGAGCUGAGCACUCGCUGGGAGACAGUGUGCAACCUUUCAGUGUCCAAGCAGGCACGUCUGGAGCAAGCCCUGUGCCAGGCUGAGGAGUUUCACUCCACAGUUCACAUCCUGCUGGAGUGGCUGGCCGAGGCAGAGCAGAGUUUGCGUUUCCAUGGCAGCCUUCCUGAUGAUGAAGAGGCUCUACGCGCACUCAUUGACCAGCACAAGGAGUUCAUGAAGAAACUGGAAGAAAAGCGAGUUGCUCUGAAUAAAGCCAUCGGUCUGGGCGAAGCUAUUCUGAGCAUCUGCCAUCCUGACUCCAUUACAACCAUCAAACACUGGAACACAAUAAUUAAAGCACGUUUUGAAGAGGUACAAGCCUGGGCCAGGCAGCACCAGCAACGACUGGCUGCAGCUCUGAGCGAGUUCUUAGCCACUCAGGACCUGCUGGAGAACCUGCUGACCUGGCUACAAUGGGCUGAGUCUAACCUGAGUGACAAAGACAAAGAAGUCCUACCGCAGGAGAUCCAGGAGGUCAAAAGUCUCAUAGCAGAGCACCAGGCUUUUAUGGAGGAAAUGACCAGGAAGCAACCAGAUGUUGACAAAAUCACAAAGACACACAAAAGGAAGGCUGCUUUGGAGCCUCAGAUCCACUCUCAGAUUCCCGUGCUGGACAAAGGAAGAGCUGGAAGAAAACGUUCUCCCACUCAAACCAUGUACGCAUCAGCGACACAAGCACCGAUUGAAACCAAGAACCCGCGAGUCAACCUGCUGGUCAGUAAGUGGCAGCAUGUGUGGCUGCUGGCCCUGGACAGGAGGAGGAAACUCAACGAUGCUUUGGACAGAUUGGAGGAGUUGAAAGAGUUUGCCAACUUCGACUUUGACGUGUGGCGGAAGCGCUACAUGCGCUGGAUGAACCACAAAAAGUCUCGCGUCAUGGACUUCUUCCGGCGCAUUGACAAAGAUCAGGAUGGCAAAGUUACAAGACAGGAGUUCAUCGAGGGCAUCCUGUCCUCCAAAUUCCCGACUAGUCGACUGGAAAUGAGCGCCGUGGCAGACAUAUUUGACCGGGACGGUGACGGCUACAUCGACUACUACGAGUUUGUUGCGGCUCUUCAUCCCAACAAGGAUGCCUACAAACCUCUUACAGAUGCCGACAAGAUUGAAGAUGAGGUGACACGUCAAGUGGCCAAAUGCAAAUGUCCAAAACGGUUCCAAGUGGAGCAAAUUGGUGCCAACAAGUACAGGUUUUACCUUGGAAACCAGUUUGGAGACUCGCAGCAGCUACGCCUGGUGCGCAUCCUGCGCAGCACUGUGAUGGUACGUGUGGGCGGAGGCUGGAUGGCCCUGGAUGAGUUCCUGGUGAAGAACGACCCCUGUCGAGCUAAAGGCAGGACCAACAUGGAGCUGCGAGAAAAGUUCAUGGUCCCCGAGGGCACCACGCAGGUAAUGGCAAGCUUCCGCUACCGAGGCCGACGCUCUCGUCCUUCGUCGAGGGCGGCGUCGCCCAACAGGUCCGUGUCCAGCCAAUGCUGUGUCUUCCCGUCCAAUCCGGCAGUGAACAGCACUCCCAAGACGUGCCAACACAUAAGCCGCAAUUAUGAUAAGCCAUGGCUUACAAACAGCAAACCCGCCACCCCACUUAAAUCAUCCGACUCCUUCGGGAGCCCAGGUUCAUCGUCAGAGAUGACACCAGUUCAAGGCAGCAAGUUGCGUCUUCCUGGCUACUUGUCGGGAAAAGGAUUUCAGUCAGGCGACGAGGGAACGUUAAUCAACGCUGCCGUGCUCAAAGCUCGGGGGCAGGUGCUCGGCGAUUCGAGGAAAAGCUCGAGCCGACCCGGAAGCAAAGCAGGAAGCAGAGGCAGCAGUCGUAGAGGCAGCGACGCCUCUGACUUCGACAUCUCAGACAUCCAGUCGGUGUGCUCGGACGCGUCGGAGACGGUUGGUGACGGCACGCGGACAACGCCUCGCUCGGCAUCCCGCCAACAUGGGGGGAAGCCCUCCAAGAUCCCUACACCACAGAGAAGAAGCACUCCCACGAGCAAACUGGCCAAGGGAUCCAAGCGAUAAGUCAGUUGCCUUGAGAACAGAUAAAUGCCACAAACACUGGAAUUAUCUAAAUUAAAUGCAAAUGUGCUGAGUGUUAUUUAAAUUGUUGCUGAGUUGUAAAAUAUUCCUUUUCAGAGGCAAUAUGAUUGAAUAGUACGCGUGAAUGGAAUGUUGAUGGCUUAGUGUAUUUGUUUUUAAUGUAUUUUAUUUUUGGUGACAUUGUGAAAUGUUUUUUUAUUGUAUUUUAUUUGAUUGAGCCGGUCAAGGUUUGAUGGUCUCUGGGAAAUAAUACUCAAGAGAAGUUACUGAAUGUACUUUUGUCAUGUAUGUGCUCUGGACUUUGGAGUAGCAUCACGCCGCCGUGUGUGUGUGUGUGUGUGUGUGUGUGUGUGUGUGUGCGUGUGUGUGUGGCACCACAAAUAUUUAUUUAUAAGUGCUAACAAUGUGCUUUCAAGGGCAAUGCAAUAUACCUACGGUAAGCACUGCGGGAACUUUUAACAACACUAUAAGUAGCAGAAACCUUGCAGUCACAAAGUCCUCCGUUUGCAGACCACUUUGCAGCAUCAUGUGAGCCCCGUCACGUUGACACUCUCUGUCUAGGCACGUCGCUUCAUUUCAGUUAUUACUGUAACAUUAUUACUUUGUAAUAAACCUGCUUGCACAAAGCUACCAGAAACAAA